AUGAGUGCUGAUGAACUUACUGAACCUCAGUUGAAGAGAAGGCUGUCAGACGCCUCAAAUACAGACGAGACAAGCACUGAAAAGAAACCACGAGCAGAGCCCAAAAAAUAUCGUGAGUAUACAACAGUUAUCGUACGCAAUUUACCCCAAAGCUACAACUUUCACAAGGUACGAAAGCUAUUUAAUAGUUGUGGGAAAGUGGGACACGUAGAUGUGCAUACGUCCACCGAUGGGCAAUGUAAGGUUGCGAGGAUUGAGUUCGAGAAUUAUAGUGACGUCCUUUCAGCUUUAACCAAGUCAGGAAAAGUCUUGGGCGGAAAUGAGAUCGAAGUUGAAGAGCUUAGUAAGUCAACGCUUUGGGCAACGAACUUCCCACCAACAUAUGAUCAGGGAAAGCUUAUGCAGCUUUUCGGCCAAUUUGGAGGGACUGUAUUGAGUGUGCGCCUGCCUUCUUUAAGGUUCGACUCCCGUAGGAGAUUCGCUUACAUUGACAUGGCCUCUAAACAGGAAGCCUCGCUUGCCUUGGAAAAGUUAGAUGGUGUUGAGAUUGAAAACUACAAAAUGAUAGUCAAACUAUCUCAGCCUUCAAAUGCAGCAGCAAGAACCGAUAAAGCCGUUAUAGAGCGGAGACAAGUCCUUGUAAGGAACUUGAACUAUAACACUAACGAAGCAGCUCUUUCUGCGAUAUUUGCGAAGUUUGGCCACGUUGAACAAAUAAACCUUCCCCGUACUCGCGAAAACAAGCAUGGGGAAAUAGACACCAAAGGUGAAACCAAGGAAAGGUUGAAUGAAGGUUUUGCGUUUAUUACUUUCUCGGACGCUAGCUGCGCUCGCUCUUCAUUGUCGUUGAACGGAACCGAGAUUGACAAUAGAAUUCUUGAUGUCACUUUGGCUGACAGGAGGCCAUAUCUUGAGCGUCAAAAGGUGAAGCAUAUUAUGGCCAGCAAGAAUCAAGAUGGAAGUGUUCUAGGCAUAUAUCCUUUGAGCGACAAAAUUCCCACGCCCCAAAUUCGUUGCUUUAUAGUCGAGCAAGCGAAAGUUAAGAAAGAGGAUAUCAAAAAAAUUUACCUUGUUCCAGACCACGAAGGCGCGCUGGUCGUUGCCAGAAGUGGGCCUAUAGCUGCAAAAAUAUCGUUAUCCAUUCAUGGAUCACUUUUUAACAAAAGAACGAUCAUGUGCUGCUCACCCAAAGAGUUACAGAGACAAGUCCAUGCCCGGUACGGUAGGAGCAGUACCAAACAGAGAACUCACGAAGACUCAAAAGACAUCGAAAUUACCAGGAGUGCGCCGCCUCUCGAGGGGGAAAAAAAGAUGAACAACGAAGACUUUCGGAAGUUAUUUUUAGGUGCCUAA